UGCCGCUGUAAUUACGACUCCUGGGCGGAGUAAUAUAUCAAGGAAGUCCCAGCUCGCCAGUGUGCCGAGGGCAACCGCCUCGCUUCCAUCGUCGAUCGCGUAGACACGUGACCUGAAUGCACACCCUCGGCUAGCCUACGGUGGCUCGCCUUGCCUCGGCAAGUCGUCUGCCCCGGAGGAAGCCCAGUUCCCCGCGUUCGCGCUGCACUAGCGAUCUUACGCGCACACACACACCGCGGCUCUCGCCGAAGCUGGCUGCUGUACGGCGAGGUCUUUAUCCCCUGUCCAUUGCUGUGUUACCCAUAAGUGCGCACCGUGCGUAGCCAGCGAGCAAGUGCACGUCACCUCGUGCAGAGAGCUUGUCAGAGCUUGUCAAUUUUGACCCUGGCCGGUGAAGGAACGUGCCGUGUCUCGCGCUUUUGUGCUUGAAGACUAGCUGAAACUGCAGCGAUCCGUCUUUCUGACGUGCCGAGAGUUGAGACUGCUGCAGGGAAGUACCGCCUUUCUGUUUAGCAAGUUUGGCACUUCGACGUCACUUCUUGCGGGAGGUGGAAGCGGCUCGGACGUCGUGUAUAUGUUGUACAGAUUGUGGCCGACCUGAAAAACAGCUCGUUUUAGAAGUCACCGACGGCAACGUUUGCUGCUGACUACAAACUUUCGAUGUUGUCCUACGUGCAGCGUCGCCUGCGCAUAAAGCAGCCGUGGUACAGCCCAGCGGACCAGUGUGAUGAUGGUGAUAACACGGACCCGGGUUCAACUUGUAUCGCAGGCGAGUCCUUGAGGCUUUCCGCGCCUGCCGUGACCCAGGUGCAUUUCGUUGGCUCUCGAGACCACCACGAACGCUGUGCGGCCGACGAGGAUAUCGGAACAGCUCGUCAAGGAUCAUCGUCUCCCGCGCGACCCCCAUCCGACGGCAUGGCGGGUAAAAGCGGCGACUGCCUGCUGGCUGCCAAGCGUGUUUUCUGGUUCGUGCGCUGUCACUGGCGGCGCAUCCUGGCACUCUUGGCGCCCGUGAUGCUCUCGCCUCUGCUCAUACUCCACGACAGCAAGGAAACGCGAUGUGCUUACGUCAUCCUUCUCAUGGCUGUCUACUGGAUGUUCGAAGUGGUUCACUUGUCCGUUACAUCAUUGCUGCCCGUCUGCUUGUUCCCUUUAUUCGGUGUGCUAGACACUGCAAGCACAACGGCACCAUACAUGAAGGAUGCCAUUAUGAUGUACUUGGCAGGCAUGAUCAUAGCAGCUGCUGUUGAAAACUGCAAUCUUCAUUAUAGGAUCGCACUUCGCAUUCUGCUCACUAUCGGCACCAAAACUCUCUGGCUUUUGUUGGGCUUCAUGGUCACUGCGAUGUUCCUGUCCAUGUGGCUGAGCAACAUGGCGACCACACUCAUGGUUCUGCCCAUCGUUGACGCAGUCGUCAACGAAAUCUGCAAGAAAAACUCUGAAGAGAGUCUCAGGAGCGGCUCUCCGGAAAGUGGGUACACCAACGAAGCUUUCCCUGCAAACAGCGCUGACGUGAACGUCGAAAGCUUUGAACUCCAGUCUAAGGAAGACGAUAAAAGAGCUUCGGGCUACGAAAGGUACCGGAACGCCAUGUUGCUGGGCAUCGCUUACGCGUCCAACAUUGGUGGCACGGGCUCGGUCAUCGGUACGGCUCCGAACCUGGUCCUCAUGGGGCUCGUCGAGGAGUUGUACCCCAUGUCCAGCUCCUUGAGUUUCGCAACGUGGAUGAUAUACAACGUGCCAAUCAUGAUUGUGUGCGUGGUCUUCGCCUGGCUCUACCUGUUUUUCCAGCUUGUUCCGAAAAGAUUACGUGGCAAUCAUCUGAACCCAGAAUCAGUUCGGAUCGCUAUCAGGAAACGCUACGAUGAGCUCGGAGCUUUAUCGUUCCACGAAGGUGCUGUACUGUUCAUCUUCGUCGUCACUGUGCUGUUGUGGUUCUUUCGGGACCCGUACGUCGUCACCGGCUGGUCCUCCUUCUUCGCAUUUGGCAAGAAAAUCAAGGACGCCACACCGGCCAUGCUUCUGGUGAGCCUGCUGUUCCUGGUACCGGCGAGGCCGAUCGCUGAGCCUCAGGGACCGGCUCUGCUCGAGUGGAACGUGGUGCAGAGAAAAAUUCCAUGGGGCGUCCUUCUGCUCAUGGGAGGCAGUUUCUCCAUGGCAGAGGCAUCAUCGAAAUCCGGGCUGUCGCGGAUGCUGGGCCAGUACCUGACCAGACUGGAUGUGCUUCAUCCGGUGUUGCUAGUAGCUGUUCUCUGCAUUUUCACCACCACAGUCACCGAAAUUGCUAGCAACACGGCGACUGCCAGUGUUCUCCUGCCCAUCACUAGUUACCUCGCCCAGGCCCUGAGGAUUCAUCCGUUCUUCCUCAUGAUACCUGUGACAGUAUCGGCGUCAUUUGCUUUUAUGUUGCCGGUGGCUACGCCUCCAAACGCCAUGGUUUACGAGCACGGAAGCAUGAAGCUGAAGGACAUGGUAAAGGCGGGAAUCGUGAUGAACAUCGCCUGCAUAAUCAUCGAAAUGGUUGCGAUUAACACUUUGGGCGCGUGGACAUUCGGUCUUUCCAGCUUCCCAGCUUGGGCUGAGAUGGGAAACUCUACAAUCUCGACAAGUCCGGUCAACGUCUCGACGUCGGCAAGCGCAUCCUAGCAGCGCUUUGAGAACAACAUUUUCAAGUACCUGAACGGAGAGAGUUAUAUUGUGUGCGAAGAGUGUAAUGCUCUGGUGUGAUCUUCGGAUAUUUGCUCGAGGACAUCUGCAAUACUCGGGCCUGGUUAGUAAGCUAUAACUGGAGGUGUCACUUGUAGAAGCAAGCGCUCACUGGCCGUUGAAAAUUUGAGUACUCAUGAUACUGAUCUAUAAACGACGGGUUAACGUGCACUCGAUUUUUUACAAAUGUUAUAGUGAAAGGUUCUACCCUUCUACAUAGAAGUUACGGACAUUAUGUUCCGAUAAAGAUUAGAAACUUCUUGUUCAAAGCAUUCUUGAAAACUCAUGGUUCAGCAACUCGCAUACUAUAUGAAAUCCGAGACACCCCCUUUCAAUCUAAAACACUGAUCAAUGAACAUUAGUCAACUUCGAGACCAGUAAUAUCAUCUCCCAGGAGCCUCCAUCUCAUCGCUGUUUUCAAAUGAUGAACACGCGUGCCACGAAGAUCCGCUUUCGUCGUCAUGUAUGACACGGCUGUCGCAAUAUGGCGUUGACAGGUCCGAAUGAGUCACGUGCUCUAAGCGUUUUACAAAAAGCUCUCAUCGCCAACCCUAUUUUGUGCUUUAAACAUAGCAUAACGUCACACGAAAUAUAUUUAUAACGUUAUCCAGUUCUUUACGUCGGCUCAUGUAACGUAGCGGUUACAGUCAAAAUGAUCCCAGCAAGAUGUUAAACCAUGGUUGUAGCUUCAGCAUUAUUAUGUCAUUAAACCGGCUAUGUAUUUUGAUAGCAAGCGCCCAAAUAUUCCUUAAGCGUAUUCAACGAUGGACACACCUUAUUGGAUGAAAAGUAUGUUCGGAUUCCGCGCAUCUUAUCACAAUGGAGUGCUGUGCUGAGCUGCCAAUUCCUCUAAGCGGGAGGAACUACCAGCUUUAAAUUUAACUUCAUUUACACGAGUGGUCGUAAACCCUGGGCGAAAUAAGCUUACUCAUAUUGUGCCCAACAGGAGUGAACGUACUCCAUACGGGGCGUGGAUCAUAGGGAUCCUUAGAAAUCGAGCUGCGGUAUAUAUGACAUCAAAAAGAGUGGCCAGCACUGCCUUUGUUCUUACACUCUAAAACAUGCGCAGCCUUCGUGACGUAUCUCAUUCUCAAACGAUAAUCGUUAUCUAUCUUGCGUGCAUUCCUUUCUUUUACAUUCGGCGCUCACAAUUUUCCUGUCAAGAACGCUAAGUCACGGCUGAUACGCGCAUCCCAUUCCUCACCUGAAAGUACCGGGCGAGCAGAGCUGAACAUGGGAAAUGCAUGCAAGAUGGGGGGCAAAUUUAAUAUUGUUUGAAUACACGAUAAACCCCUGUGGGUGAAAACUUUGCUUGCAAUGCACUCUAAAAAUUACGUACCAUAGUUUAACUUUGUCACAAAACAAUUUUCAAUCGUCAUCAAUCAUGUCUGCACUUUCCUACCAAAGACGUCAAGUGUCUCGGCGAGGGUUUCCUACGGGUAAGCAUAACGUACGAGUUCAGUGACGAAAAUAAACACUAUAGCGUACACGAUUUUUGAGAAUAUGGCACUGUGAAAAAUGGAGUAACCGAAAAUAACGAAAGUUUGAACAGUUUAACAGUGCAGUGCCACACUGAAAUGGGUGAUUGAAGUAACGUAGAUAAACUAUCAUUCAGACUCAUGUUGCCAUUCCUGUCGAGCGUUUUAGUCAUAUAAAGGCAGCUCAAGGCUCAGAAGAAAGCAUGAAUGUUUCCGGACUUGAACAUACUUUGCUCAAUCCUUCGAAAAACAAAAGUUUUGUUAAGACAAAACAUUUUAUAGAUAACUUUCAUACGCAGGCUCAAGUCAUUUCGUCAUUGUACAUUUGUGGAAUAAAAUCAUGCCAAGCCAG